UGUGACUGGAGGGAGUCCCCCAGUCCCGCUCACGUACUGCAUCGCUGUAGACAUCAGACAGGCUGUAGAUGUCCCGUCCCGUCUGCAGCAGUCUGCCUCAGCACCUUGCCUGCCCGACAUGCCCUUGGAUAUUACCGGCCCUUCUCUUGCUAUAAACUACUGCAGAAAUAUAGAGACCACUAAACACUAACAGAGGACAUCGGAGUAGGACGGAGUGUACCUGGAUUUUUGACACUUUUACACUGCGACUGAUCUAAAGGAGUUUUAGUCGGUAUACUUUUUUGUUGUUGUACCGACUUUUCCCAAAUCGACGUGUAUGGAUGUAUCAUGGCUACGUUUGCAUGCAGGGUGCAGUUCUUAGAUGAUACUGAUCCAUUUAAUAGCACAAAUUUUCCGGAGCCGACCAGACCCCCACAUUUCACAUUCAGAGAGGAUAUUCCGCUCAUCAAUCAGAUCGCUGGAGUUCACAGACUUCUGAAAGCACCACACAAGCUCGAUGACUGUGCUUUACAGUUGUCUCAUAAUGGCAGUUAUCUGGACUUGGAAUCCACCUUGGCCGAGCAAAGAGAUGAACUUGAAGGCUUUCAGGAGGAUGGAGGGAGAGGAAAGAAGCACAGCAUUGUCCUGAGAACACAGCUUUCUGUCAGAGUCCAUGCCUGCAUAGAAAAACUGUACAACUCAACCGGACGUGAGCUGCGAAGGGCGCUGUUCUCUCUCAAGCAAAUCUUUCAGGAUGAUAAAGAUCUGGUGCAUGAGUUUGUGAUGGCUGAGGGACUCACAUGUCUGAUUAAAGUGGGAGCUGAGGCUGACCAAAACUACCAGAACUACAUCCUCAGAGCUCUUGGACAAAUCAUGCUGUACGUGGAUGGAAUGAAUGGGCUUAUCAGACACAAUGAAACUGUACAGUGGCUUUACACACUGGUUGGAUCAAAGUUCCGGUUGGUUGUUAAAACUGCUCUGAAGCUGCUGCUGGUUUUUGUGGAAUACACCGAGACCAACGCACCUCUCCUCAUCCAGGCCGUCAACAAUGUAGACACCAAGCAAGGCUGUAAGCCGUGGUCCAAUGCCAUGGAAAUCCUGGAUGAGAAAGAUGGAAUGGACACUGAGCUGUUGGUUUAUGCCAUGACUCUUAUCAACAAGACACUCGCUGGUCUGCCAGACCAGGACUCUUUCUAUGAUGUUGUUGACAGCCUGGAGGAGCAGGGCAUGGAGGCCGUAGCCCAGAGGCAUGUCAACAGGAAGGGCACAGACUUGGACCUAGUGGAGCAGUUCAACAUUUAUGAGUCAACCCUUCGUCAUGAAGAUGGUGAUGAUGAGGCCCAGCCUCCUCCAUCCGGACAUAAAAGUCGACGUCGGGCCAGCGUGGGGGCCACACCUGAGAGGAGAGGAUUGGAACGACGACGCAGCCGAAGACACUCGCUCCAAAACGGGAAAGGCCACACUUCUGCUCCUACUUCCCCCUGCCACAGCCACACGCCCAACAUCCAGCCCAUUAAUGGCCAGAGGAUUGAAGAUAUCAGCGAAAGAGAGGAGGAAGAGGAGGAGAAGGAUGAGGAGCUUCAGAAAGCAGAGCUCUCUAGACAGGCAUCUGAAAGUCUGUCAGAUGUUAGAUACUCGAACACAUGCAGUUCUUGUGGCAGCAAUGGCUAUGCAGGAACAUAUCCUGGCAGGUCAUCUGGGGUGUCCAGUGCCCCCUCCACACCCUACAAUCGUCUCGGUCCAUCAGGGGGUCCACCUUCAGACAGGCCGACUCUGGGUGGUUUGUUAACCUCUUCCUACAGGCAGCACCAGGAGUCUCUGAAUGCAGAACGUGAGCGGAGGCGCCUGGAGAGAGAGGAGAGACUUCAGCGGAUUGAAAGAGAGGAGAGAAGCCGUUUCAAUCGGGAUUAUGUGGACAAGAGAGAAGAGGUCAGACAAGCACGAGAAGAAAGAUAUAAGCAAAUGGAGCGGCUUGCAGCAGAGGAAAAUGAAAGGGAACGUCCGAGGCCGACAACACGGGGGCGAACAGAAAUCACUCUCAGCCUGAGUUCACGAACCUCCAGCAGCUCCUUGUCUCGUUCUGCCACCCCUUUGACUGUAGAGGCUCAGGAGGAUACACACUCCGUCCCACAUCCAGCACAAGGAACUGAGUCAAAGACAAGCCGUACAGUGCAGACAGCAGUUGUGCGGCCUUCCUUUGAGCCUCUCUCUGCCUCAUGUCUGCGCCAGGUGUCACCUUCCAAACCAGAGGAGGAACAGAGUCCUGUGGAUCCAUCAGACAUCACGCUCUCUCUGUCUCAAACAAACUCUGAGCCAGAGAAACCUAAGACAGAGGAGAAAGCAGAGGAUGCUGAGGCAGAAGUGUGUGAGGAAAUGGUGGUGAGUGGAAUGGAAUACGAAAAGAAAGAAGAACCAGAAGGACACUUUAAGGAAGAGACCAACGGACCGGAUACAGAGGAGUGUGAGAAAGAGCAGAUGUUAGAUAGAGAUGUAGAGGAGAAUGUCGUCCUGAGUGAGAAGGAGAGGCAGAAUGAGGAGCUGAAUGAGAAAGAUAACUGCUCUGCCUCCAGCAUUUCCUCAGCCAGCAGCACUCUGGAGAGAGAGGAACGAGAGGAGAAACACAUCAGCGACAGUGACUCAGGCCAGUGGGCAGACUGUAUGAAUACAGCGGACGCCAACGAUCAGUGCAACAAUGUUCUCAACAGCAAACGCUUCAUGCUGGACAUGCUUUAUGCCCAAAACAAAAAGGGAGAGGAAGAUGAGAAAGAAAAGGAGAAUGAGAAUGAGAAAGGGUGUUCAGAUCAGGACUCCUCUGUGACCAGCCUCGCUAGUCGCAUUUCCACUCUGGAGGCGCGUCGGCAGGCAUGCGAGGAUAACAUGAAGAAAUUGGAAGUGGAGCAUCUCGAUAACCAGGGUAACGUGAGGGCUGUGGCUGAGAAAUUUGGAGAUUUGGUGAAAGGACUGGUAUCCCCUCAUGAGGUGGAGCAUUCUGGGAAGGAAAAGCAGCAAGCACAGGAAAAGCCUCCACCGGCUCCUUCACCAACACCCCCCAAAAAGGAGUCAGACCACAUAUGGGACCAGCUGAUGGCCAUGCCACGGGAGCUUCGCAUCAAAGAGCUGGACUUCACGGACUUGGGAGAGGAGGAUGAUGUGGACAUUUUGGAUGUCAGUAAUGUGAUCGGGCCAAGUGACCUCACGCCACCUCCUCCUCCCUGCCUUCCACCUCCACCACCUUUAUUUGGAUGCCCUCCACCUCCCCCUAUCCCUGGCAUGAUGAUGCCUCCUCCACCACCCUUUUUGGCUUCAAUACCUCCCCCACAUCUUGGAUCUCCUCAGCUUAGUCGAGGAGAACCCCCGCUCUUCCAGAAAAAGAAGAAGACCAUUCGGCUGUUUUGGAAUGAGGUGAGACCGAUAGACUGGCAGUACAAUAACCACAAGAGAUGCAGGGAGUCACUGUGGUCCAAACUGGAUCCGGUCAAACUGGACACGGCCAAGUUGGAAAACCUCUUUGAGACAAAAUCCAAGGAGCUGCCAGUUACAAAGAAAACGGCAGCAGAUGGGAAGCGUCAGGAGAUCAUCGUUCUAGAUUCCAAGAGAAGUAACGCCAUCAACAUUGGCCUGACGGUCCUGCCGCCUCCUCGCACCAUCAAAACAGCGAUCCUCAACUUCGACGAGUACGCCUUGAGCAAAGAGGGCAUAGAGAAAAUCCUGACGAUGAUUCCUACAGAGGAGGAGACGCAGAAGAUUCAGGAGGCCCAGCUGGCGAACCCCGAUACUCCCCUGGGCAGUGCAGAGCAGUUUCUCCUCAUUCUGUCCUCCAUCAGUGAGCUGUCCGCCCGCUUGCAACUUUGGGCCUUUAAGAUGGACUAUGAUGCUUUAGAGAAGGAAGUAGCAGAACCACUACAGGAUCUAAAGGAGGGCAUGGACCAAUUAGAAAAGAAUAAGACGCUGCGCUACAUCCUUUCAACUCUGCUAGCUAUUGGCAACUUUCUCAACGGGACCAGUGCUAAAGGCUUUGAGCUGAGUUACCUAGAGAAAGUUCCUGAGGUGAAGGACACCGUUCACAAACAGUCUCUACUGCAUCACGUCUGCUCCAUUGUCGUGGAGAAGUUUCCAGACAGCUCAGACCUCUACUCUGAGAUAGGAGCCAUCACUCGCUCUGCUAAGGUGGACUUCGACCAGCUACAGGAAAACCUAUGUCAGAUGGAGCGCCGCUGUAAAGCAUCCUGGGACCACCUGAAGGUCAUCGCCAAACACGAAAUCAAACCAGCCCUUAAGCAGCGCAUGUCAGACUUCCUUAAAGACUGUGCAGAAAGAAUUAUCAUCCUUAAAAUUGUGCAUCGCCGCAUCAUAAACAGGUUUCACUCAUUCCUGCUGUUCCUGGGCCACCCACCAUACGCGAUAAGAGAGGUGAGCGUCCACCGCUUCAGUAAGAUUCUGAGUGAGUUUGCACUUGAGUACCGCACCACCAGGGAGAGAGUACUGCAGCAGAAACAGAAACGAGCCAAUCACCGCGAGAGGAACAAGACCCGGGGCAAAAUGAUCACAGAGAGUGGGAAGUUUGCAGGCACUCCUCUGGAGGGUCAGGAGUGUCAGCCACAGGGUUUGGGCUACACGGAGGACGCAGCCGAACAUGAGCAGAUGACUGCAGUACUUCGUACCAGCCUGCAGGGCGGCGAUAGUCCAUCCUCUGUACUCCCUGGCCUCCGCACACGGACUCGAGCCACUCGAGGCCAUACAGCACUUUUGUCUGCUGCAAAUGAAGACACUUCUAAUUGCACAAAUGAUACAGCAGAUGAGAUCAUGGAACGGAUUGUGAAAUCAGCCACUCAGGGCCCUAGUCAGCGCGCACAGCCCCGUGAGAGGAGACGCUCCAGAGCCAACCGCAAAUCCCUAAGAAGAACACUGAAGAACGGUCUUACGCCAGAAGAGGCACAGGCGCUGGGGUUGGCCAGCAGCUCUGAGAUGCAAGUGUGAGACAGCAGCUGCUCAGGGUCUCAGUGCACACACACACACACACAAACACACACAAACAAACAAACACAAGCUGGAACAGGUCACUUUAGCUCCAGUUUGUAUCGUUCUGGAUCUGGAGCAGGUGCAUGUUUCUGGGUUUGUGUUUUACGAUGGUUAUUGUUGUGGACAGUUCAUAUUCUCACAGGUGAAAGGGAUUAUAAUCACUAACCCCUCAUACUAUACUUAACCUUGGACGUGUAAUCAGACCUUACUUCAUUUACUAGCUUCACCUACGUUUGCAUAUUUCCACCACUCAGGUGCAUGUCCACCGUUCCUGCUCUGUACCUGUGGACUCUUAACAUGAUAUCCAAACAUCCAUUUUAAUGCAUUUUUGAAAGAGAACAAGCACAGUUUCUGCACAAUGUUUGUAGACGCUCACACACACACACACACACACACACACACACACAUAGCCUGUAGAAUGCUGAUAGUCCAGUUCUCCAGUACAGAGACAAAUGUCCGUCUCUUACCGCUGUGGCCUUCAGAAUGAACCAAAAAACUGUUUGAAGAUGACUGGAUGCUCUCCUACCUUUUUUGUUGGUACUGGCUGUUUGGUUGAACUCAGAUGGCAUUGAAUUAAUGUAAAUCAGCGGCAAUUCUCUUCUGUUUGUUUGUGUGUUUUACCUGUUUUAAAAUAGCAGAGCUUUUUAUGUUACAUGUCCAGUUACUUUCAGUUAGCUUGAAGUUGAGCAAGAAUUAGGAAGAAAAAAAAACGUAAAACAUUUUCUUCAAUUUCUGCUGAACCCUGAAGUCCCCUUAUGUGGACAAAACCUGUUUUACUUGGAUAAAGACUAUCAAAUUACUUUGCACACAAAUGAGAAGAAACUAGAAAGCUGUCGUUCUCAUUUUCCCUUCCUCAUACAUUAUCUCCAUAGUGAUACAUUCAUAACUUGCAAGAUACAAAAGCAGACAAUCGUCUAAUUUAAAUGAAAAGAAUAGCCAUAUUUGUUUAAAAAAAGCAAUGGCAUUUUUAUCAAAUGAGUGCCUUGAAGAAAGGUGUUUCUAUGAGAAUCUGAUUAUUGGCAUUUCAGGAAGAAAGAGGAAACAUUGAGAUUUUCAGGCAUUUUAAAGGAAUAGUUCACCCUAUAAUGUACCAUUCUGCCAUUGUUUCCUCACCCUUACAUUGUUUUUAUAUGACUUUAAAUAUACCCCAUAAGUCAUAUAGAUUACUUUUUGGUGCUUUUUGUUGACAGCUCUAGGUCAGUAUGAAUGGAUGUAUGAAAAAGACUUGCAUGACGAUUCUUCAAAAUAUAGAUUUUUACAGAACAACAAAAGACAUGGGUUUGGAGAGCGUAAAUUACAGAACGUUAGCAAGAUUAAAAUCAACACAACCUUUAAAUUUUUUGGUAAAGUCGCGUCAUUGGUUUUUUGGAAAUUUCACAGAUUUACCACAGACACACAUCCACUGUCUAUGAUAGUAGUACCAUUUAGCACCUUAUCAUGUGUAGCAUGCAAUUUCGAAAGGAAUUGGAAAAUUGAGUACUAUAGAGACGAUUUUUUCACCUUUCCCUCAGAUUUUUAUUCUGAGUAUUAUGUGGAUAAGAGAUUAGAUACAUGUAAAGUAGAACCGUGAUGUAGAGGCUAAACGUGAGACAGAUGCUGUAAAAUUGUGUAAAUGUCACUUCAACGUUUUUAUUAUUUGUUGUGUUCAUGUUUUGUUUGUAUUUUGUAUAGAAUAGUGUAUUAUAGGUCAAAAGCAGUGUUAUUCUGUGAAAAUUCUAAUUUAAGAGAAAAUAAGCCAUGCAUGGUUCAAACAAUAACAAUUGUCGCAGGCAAUGUCAUUAUAUCGGGGUUAAGUGGAUGGAGCCUGAGACGUCUCGAUACCCUGUGAACGUAGCUUUUAUGUGUUUAUGCAGCACAGACUUGAAACAUUGUCAUGCACCCAUCAGCCCUGCUCAAAUGGCCUUUGAUAUUAUUGCACUCGCAUACAGAGUUUCACCCACUGCUACAAGUGCCAUAAAAAGUUGGUUUUGAAUAAAAGAUCGAGAAUGUGAAAAUUUGACUUCUAAAUUCCUAAAGGAAAAAGCAUUUACUGUACUUUGCAAUAAAAAGCUUUUACAGCAACACCCAGAA